ACCAUUUUACGGGCUUGGAAGUUACCGUAGCAACUGUACAAUAGCUCAAAUCGAGGAGGACUGGGGUGACAUUUCACGAUGGACUCAGGAGUUGCACCUGAUAAAAAAAGGGUGAGUUCGGAGCGCAGGAAGGAGAAAUCCCGAGAUGCGGCGCGUUGUCGGCGGGGGAAGGAGUCCGAGGUCUUCUACGAGCUGGCGAGAGAACUGCCCGUACCACACAGCAUCAGCUCCAACCUGGACAAAGCCUCCAUCAUGAGACUUGCCAUCAGUUACCUCCGCCUGCGAAAACUGCUCAACACAGGUGUCGCGUUAGCUGAGGAGUCGGUGUUGGAGUCUCAGUUGAACAGUUUCUAUCCGAAGGCACUGGAUGGGUUCUUUAUGGUUCUGUCUGAAGAUGGAGACAUGGUCUACGUGUCAGAGAACAUCAGCAAGUGCCUUGGACUCCCACAGUUUGAUCUGACUGGACACAGUGUCUUUGACUUCACCCAUCCGUGUGACCAUGAGGAAAUCCGAGAGAUACUUGUGCACAGACCAGGGUCCUCUAAGAAGGAGCUGCCGACAGAGAGGAAUUUCUUAAUGAGAAUGAAAUGUACUCUCACCAGCAGAGGGCGCACUGUUAACAUUAAAUCAGCUGCAUGGAAGGUCCUCCGGUGCACGGGUCAUAUUCAGACGCGAGCAGGGGCUGAGAGCGAGGGCAGCGGGGGGGGAGACACGGCCAUCCCUGCCUCCUACCUGCUGCUGAUCUGUGAGCCUAUCCCUCACCCAGCUAACAUCGAGGUCCCGCUGGACUCCAAAACCUUCCUAAGCCGCCACACGCUGGACAUGAGAUUCACCUACUGUGACGAGAGGAUCACAGAAUUGUUAGGCUAUAGGCCAGACGAUUUGCUACAGCGGUCGGUUUAUGAAUAUUAUCACGCCCUGGAUUCAGAUCAUCUCACUAAGACACACCACAACUUAUUUGCCAAGGGCCAGGCUACCACUGGGCAGUACAGGAUGCUGGCUAAGAGAGGAGGCUACGUAUGGGUACAAACUCAAGCUACUGUCAUUUACAACAAUAAGAACUCCCAACCGCAGUGUGUGGUCUGUGUUAACUAUGUGUUCAGCGGGAUUGAGGAGCAGAAUCUAGUGCUGUCGCUGGAGCAGACGGACAUGAGGAAGAUCAAGCAGGAGGAGGAUGAGGAGGGAGCGAGAGAGAAGGCAAGCUGUAACACUCACGUUCCCGUGCCGACGUUAAAAGAGGAGAAAGAAGAGGAAGAAGAGGGGAAGAGCGAGGGGGCGGCACCUGGCGAGGAGCAGAGUUUCACUGUUCUCUACGAGGACCUGAAAGGGGAGCCUGAGGAGCUGAGUCGGCUGGCCCCCGCGGCGGGAGAUGCCAUCAUCGGCCUGGACUUCAGUGAGGCAGACUCUGAGGUCACAGUGCUGAAAGACGUACCUCUCUUCAGUGAUGUUCUGCUGCCCUCUGCCAGCCUGCAGCUGGCACUUCCUCUCUCCCCUCUCUGCCCCAGCGAUGCCACCCUGGAUGCCGCCCCACCCUCCACAUCUGAGCUGCAGACGGAAGACUUUCAGUUCCCAGAGUCCCCCGACACACGGAGGGACGCCAGUCGCGAGUCUCCAGAGCCCAGUAGUCCUCUGGAUCUGUGUUUCUCUGUGGAUUCAGACUGUGAUCUCAGUAACCAGUUUAAACUGGAUUUGGUGGAGAAACUUUUCUCCAUGGACACCGAGCCCAAAACCCCAUUCACGGCACAGUCAGUGGAGGACUUGGACCUGGAGAUGCUGGCUCCUUACAUCUCUAUGGAUGACGACUUCCAGUUACGUACCGUCUCCCCUGUGGAGCCCCUCUCCUCAAGCCCGCUCGGGGCACCCGUAGCCCAGGCUUCACUGCGUCCAGCCGGUCAGCAGGCCCCCAGUCCUCCCAGACGUUCCCCCGAAAGGCCGCGCAGCCUGAUGGAGACGGUCGCCGCCGCCCCCCCUUCCACAAACCCAGUCCCUGCGUGCCCGGAACCGGCUCAAGGUCCCUGCACCUCCGCGCUGGGGGACUCAAAGAGAGAGUCUUCUACUAAGACACCAACCAUACAAAAACCCCAACUCAAGAGGAAACUAGAGACCGUCACUUCACUGUCUCGUGCUAUUGGACUGGGAACUGUACUUCAGCUGGUACAGCCAGGUAAAAAAGCCAGGACAUCCGAGGCCCUCAGCGCAGAUGCACUCUCAGGGACCACCAUACUGCUUCUGCCGUCAGACGUGGCAUGUCGGUUGUUGGGCAGAGCUUCAGAGGGCAGUGCUCUGUCUGUGACCCUCCCCCAGCUAACUCGCUAUGACUGCGAAGUCAACGCUCCUUUGGGCGGCCAACAGCACCUGCUGCAAGGGGAAGAACUUCUGCGAGCUCUUGACCAAGUUAUCUGA